AUGUUGCAAGACCAUGCUACAUCCAUCAAAAACCAAGGAGUCUUAAUACAAAGUCAACCAGCUUUGCUUCAAAGCCAUAACACGUCUUUGAGGGCUUUGGAUGGUCAGGUUGGUCAAAUUGUCGUGGCAUUACAAGAACGUCAACCAUGUCGACUACUGAGUGAGACUGGAGUCACUAAAUGUCACGGUAAAGAGCAAUAUAGUUCACUCACUCUGAGGAGUGGCACCCAAAUCAAUGUACAAUACAAGUUUGGGGAAAGAAAGAUGGAUGAUUCAACCCCUGACACUGUGCAAGCUGAGCAUGUAGAUCCAGUAGAUAUACAAGUGGAGGAGGAUAAGGAUGACGGUUCAUCAAGUGAAAUUAUUGAGGGAGAAAACAAAAAUUCCACGACAAAAGUUGUUCCCACCCCUUCAUUAGAUGAAUUCAAACCCUCACCACCCCUCCCACAAAGACUGAUGAAGCAUAAUGAUGAUAUUCAAUUCAAGAAGUUUGUCGACAUUCUGGACCAACUCUAUAUCAAUGUUCAUUUUCUUGAAGCUAUAGAACAAAUACCUACAUAUGUCAAAUAUCUUAAAGAUAUUGUUACCAAUAAGAGAAAAAUUGAGAAGUACGAGUCCAUUGCCACUACAAAAACAUAUUGCUCUGCCUUAUGCAAGCUGGCACCAAAACAAAAUGAUCCAGAUAGCUUUUUUAUUCUAUUCUAUAUAGGUGAAAAUUAUGUUAGGAAUGAACUAUUUGACCAUUGCUCAAGUGUGAACUUAAUGCUAAAGCCAAUCUUCUUGAUGCUUGGAUUGGGAAAUACAAGACCCACAUCCCUUAUUUUGCAACUAGACGAUCGUUCCCAUAUUUUUCUUGAGGGGCAAGUCGAGGAUGUUAUCUUCAGGGUGGAAAAAUUUGUGUUCCUCGUAGACCUCCUUAUACCUGAUUUCAAGGUAGAUUCCACGAAACCCAUAAUAUUAUGGAGACCCUUCCUAGCUACUGGCAUUUUCUUAUUGAUUGUGAGAAUGGCGAGCUCAACAUGA